UCGUGACAUCGACUAUAGUACCUUAAUUACGAAUCAAGACGAUAAUGUCGACAAAAUUUUAACAAGGACACGAAAAGAUGCGGUGGCCGUCGUUAAGUUUAAUAUUGACAAAAAUUUUUUUAGCUUAUAUCGCCUAUUCUAUUUAUCAUUUGUUCCUGCUCUUCGCUGCACCGUCCUGUGAACCAGACAAACCCUGUCUGACUUAUUAUCUGACUCAAAAGCCACGUCUGCAAUUGCAAAUUUACAGUUCUGUUGACAUAUACCCCACAGACAGGCAACUCGAUUUUGUUUAUCAAACCGAAGAUUUUAAUUAUACACAUGAAAGCAGUUUUCCUGUGACUUUAAACAUUCCACGCAGAACUCGAAACAAUGGAACAUUAUUUCUUCAUGUCAUUCUUGCUCCUAGCUCCAAGAGAUAUGGGAAAAGCAUUAUUGAUAUACAGAAGGAUCCAUAUGUAUCCUACAUUGCAAUUAAAUUGACAGAAUAUGUCAUUCCUGAAGCAGAGGCAUUUAAGUUAUUGGGUGAGAAAGAUGCAGAUACAAAGAAAAAGAAAGAGGAUUUUACUCGUCCAGUGACACAUAUUAAGAGCCGUGUUACAUUCGUAGUAAUGACAGAUGAUGUGGAGCUCCCUGUAAAUAAAGUACCAAUGGAGCUUGUCAAUCAUCUUAAAAUAAUACAUGGAAGAACAUUUUUACCUAUUAUUAACAAUGAUUUUCUACAAACUCGACAUCGUGAUUUGGUGAAAAUCACACCUCGGAAUAACACAGUUAACAUUACAUUGUAUUAUUCUCCAAUUUCCUUUGGAAAAUUAAGACUGAUAUUACAGGUGGAAGAAACAAUGCAGACCUUGAGAAAACUUCAAUUUUCUGAUAAAAAUAUAGAUGAAGUGAAAGGAAUUUUUGCAGACACUAAUAUAUAUAUUCUAGGAGGAACUAUCUUCAUUGCAUCCAUUCAUUUACUGUUUGAUUUUCUCGCCUUUAAAAAUGAUGUCAGUUAUUGGAGGAGAAAAGAUAAUCUUGUGGGUCUCAGCAAAUGGACUGUUCUAUGGCGGGGAUUUAGUCAAGGUAUUGUUUUCCUCUACUUGCUGGAUGAUGGUUCCUCUAUGCUUGUUCUUAUUCCAACUGGAAUUGGAUCUUUGAUUGAGAUAUGGAAACUGAAGAAGGUAUUGAAUCUUAGAUUUAAUAAAAAUCAUAAUAACGUGGCUGAAGUCAGAACAAGAGAAUUCGAUGCAGAGAGCAUGCGUUAUUUGAGUUACUUGUUAUAUCCUCUUGUUAUCGGAGGUGCAAUUUAUUCUUUACUGUAUCAACCUCAUAAAAGCUGGUAUUCGUGGAGCAUAAAUGCGUUAGUGAACGGCGUUUACGCGUUCGGAUUUUUGUUCAUGCUUCCCCAAUUAUUUGUUAAUUAUAAAUUGAAGUCCGUAGCACAUUUACCGUGGCGAACAUUUAUGUACAAAGCCUUCAACACUUUUAUCGACGAUAUAUUCGCAUUCAUAAUCGUUACGCCGACAGCUCAUCGAAUAGCUUGUUUUCGGGAUGACGCAGUUUUUCUAAUUUAUUUGUAUCAACGAUGGCUAUAUCCGGUAGACAAGUCUCGUCCAGACAUGGACUCUGUUGGCGAAGAGUGUGUUGAGUAUAACGAUUCGAACAAAAAGACAGAUUAGAAUAAAUUCAUGCAAUAUUUUUGUUCCUUUUGUAUGUAUAACAUAGAUUGAAUUAUCGAUAGUUGCUUAACAACAAUCGGAAUAAUUUGUGACGGUAUGGCAUACGCCUAAAUGUUUGAAGUAUUAAUCGCUUGUUAUAUAUUUGCAUUCCUGAGAACAACUAUAAAGUAAUGAUUUGUUGGUGAGUGACAUCGCUGUGAAAUCUAUUUAUUUUUAGCGUAACGAAGCGACAUUUACAACAAAAUCCUGUUUCGUCAGUAUCAAUUGAACGAUUGGAUUUGAUUCGAUGAGUCUGUUUUUACUCGAAUUUGUAUUUGUACGUAGUAUUAAAUUAUUUUCUGGUGUGUCCAAGAUAAAUAAAUCUGUACUUUGAGUGGA